UGGUGCAUCAGGCGAUGGCUGCUCCUUCCAUUCCUUCCGAACCAACACUUACAAGCUGAACUACCUUGAGACCCCCUCAGGCAUUAAGAUAAUACUAGUAACUGAUCCGAAGAUGAGCGACCUCCGGGAUGCUUUGAAGCACAUAUACACCAACAUAUACGUUGAAUACGUCAUUAAGAACCCUCUUUAUGUGCCAGGCGAACCUUUCAG